GGUCUGGCAAGGCACAACGUCCAGUGCGGUCGGCAGCUGCGGUGGUCAGAGACACAGAGGAGUCGCCAUGACCAUCACCCUCCACCUUCUACUGCUCCACCUUGCUGUGGCGUUGACCGACGGCGGCAAUGGCUUCUGGGUGGAUCAGCCGCGACAGGUGAACGGAGUGGAAGGGGGGUCCGUCACCCUGCCCUGCAACCUCUCGUACCCGGACAACCGCAGGCCCCGAGGCUUUGACGUCUUUUGGAGGUUCGGGGAGUUUCACGGGCAGUUUAUCUUCAACCGUUUGCGAGCCUUCACUUACAGCCACUACAAGGGCCGGAUCACAUUCGUGGGCUUCCCCAUCCGAGACCACACCGCCUCCAUCCGCUUGGACAACCUGAGAAGAAACGACUCGGGCAGGUACUUCUGCCGGCUCAUGAUCCUCGGAGAUGUUAACGAUGUUUGGCAGAGCUUUAAGGGAACUCUUCUGUCAGUUGGAGAGAGGCCCAGCGUCACGGUGACUGUCGAAAGCACCUCCUCCACAGAGAGGCCCAGCGUCACGGUGACUGUUGAACGUACCACCCCCACAGAGAGGCCCAACGUCACGGUGACUGUUGAACAUACCACCCCCGGGGGAACUCCACCCUGGCUACCCUUCGGUGCAGGGGGCUGUGGCCUGGUGUUGCUGCUGCAGCUUAUUUCUCGGACGGUGGUGUUGCUGCUGCUGCUUAUCGCUGGGGUGCUCAUCUGCAUCCGUCAGAGGGAGUGA